AUGGAAGAUCACAACGAUGCUCCACUUCACACCAAACUCCAAGUCAAAUUCACCAACAAAUCAAUCGUCAAACCCACCAAUCCCUCGCUGGAGCCGCGCAUUUUGCAUCUCUCAAAUCUCGAUCUCCUCUCCGGCCGUUUUCCGAUCACAUAUUUCUACUUCUACCGCCGCCCGACGACGGACGCCUCCGCCGUCAUCCUCGAGGCUCUCAAAACCUCCCUCGCAGAAACCCUAAAUCACUACAAUCCAUUCGCCGGUAAAAUUCUCCCAAAUUCCAUCACAAACGAGCCCGAAAUUAUCUGCGAUGACUCCGGUGCUCUGUUUGUAGAAGCAGAGGCUAAUCUCCGAUUGAACGCCUUGAAUUUUCACGACCUCGACGAUCCUCUGAAAGGCAAGCUCGUCACUGUAAAUCCAGAUUUCGCUUUACAGAUUCAAAUCACGAGCUACGCUUGCGGCGGAAUUUCAAUCACGUUCACGUUCGAUCAUGCGCUCGGUGACGCCAGUGCAUUUGGAAAAUUCCUUCUCGCCUGGUCGGAAAUCGCUCGGGGAAAACCGAUCUCCACCAUACCAGACCACCGUAGAAACAUCCUUCCUCGUUCGCCGCCGAUUUACCAUCCGAAUCUCGACAAGACGAUGGUGAAAUGCACCAUGGAAGAUAUAAUGAACAUUCCGACACUGAAGAAGCUAAUCAAGAGGCUGUAUCACGUCGAUCGGACGAGCAUUGAUCGAUUACAGAGCCUGGCGAGCUCCGGCGGAGUCAGGAGGACGAAAAUCGAAGCGUUCUCUGCGUACGUUUGGAGAAUUAUGGUUUCCGCCAUGGAAGCAGAGCAUUCGACAUGCAAAAUGGGGUGGUUAGUGGACGGGCGGAGCAGAUUGGGGGGAGAUCGAAACUACAUGUCGGAUUACAUUGGAAACGUCUUGUCGGUCGCGUUUGGAGAAGCGAGCGUCGAGGAAUUGAAGCGUAAUUCGCUACCGGAGAUUGCGAGUGUCGUCCACGAGGCGAUUUCGAAGGCGACGAACGAAGCCCAUUUCUUGGACCUGAUUGAUUGGAUCGAGUGUCACAGGCCUGGGCUUAUGUUGUCGAGGAAUGUAUUGGGCCUUGGUGGGCCGGCCCUGGUUGUGUCGUCGGGCCGGAGGUUUCCAGUUGCUGAAUUGGACUUUGGAUUUGGAGGCCCAGUUCUGGGGACGGUGGGCUCGACUGUAGAGAGAAUAGGAGUUAGUUACUUGAAUCAGAGGCCCAGUGCUAAGGGCGAUGGGUCGUGGACAAUUUCUGCCAUUUUAGAGCCCCAAUUAGCAGCGGCUUUGGAGCUGGAUUCUGUGUUUCGGCCCAUGACAGCAGGCAUCCUUGAACUUUAAUGCCUUCUUUAAUACUUCUUGAAAAAAAUAUAUGAGAGACCGGUUGGCCAUAACAAAAAAUAUACAAUAAACUUAAAAGUGGAUGUGACAUGAAAAUGGAUUAAAUAGAACCAAGAGGAUAAAUUUCUUAGAAAGCAUGUGAGUGAAGACAAAGUAUACUAAAGAUUGUUGCGUGUCUAUAGAGACAAUCUUCAUUUUCUCGUAGAAGGAGAGGAGACACAUGCCCACAAGAACAAUGGAGGAAGAGAAGAAACACCAAACAUGCUUCACCAUAAGGAUUUUGCAUUUUAAUUUUAUU